UAGAUUACUCAUUCGUGUUUGCAUGUUGAGAGGCAAGACACUCAAGCUGAACCGUGAUUGGUUCCUUCACCGCUUAUUUAUCCGCAAUUAAUUUCCUGGACCCCGCCCAUCUUGUUACCAACGACGCGUAUUGUCAGCGAGUGUUCAUGCUUCUCUGCGGGGUAGAGAAGCCCCCGGGUAAAACCACUGUCAUCGCUGCUGACGAGCUCUAAGGAUUAGCUUAAACUCAUUUGAAAUAUUAACAAUGAAGGGUAAGGUUACUUUAUGAAGCCAAGUGAGGAGCUGUAUCAGUCUCGGACAGUACAUUAGGCCCUGACAGUGCUGGAGAUUGCGACUCACUGCCGUUCAGAUCGCAGGUGGAGAGGUACAAUCCCUACCUGUGCCGUGCUCGUGGAGGACUAAUUUAGCUAUCAUAUAGACGACCGACGUGGUUCACCGUGUGGAGAUCACCUGGUAACUUCGAUAUGAAACAGUUCUUAACUUUCACAGUCAUUUAAUGAAUUGUUCAAAGACGUACUGACUGUGUAACAACGUUUUCAGCUUCCUCGAGCAAGAAGACGUAGGAUUAGAUAACAGGCUUGUUAAGGAUAUUGAUUUCAAGUCUUUGCUGGAAGUGAGAUUCGAACCCGGACUAUCAAUGAGCGCCACAACGAGAAGCUUCCACAGCAUCGAUGCCUUGCUGGGGUUGCGGGGUAGCGAGGGUGGGCACCCCUUUCCAAGCCACACCCAAGACAUGCUGAGGGGGCUCGCCGAUGCGGGUUUGGUUACAGAGAGGAUUUCCGAAGAGAAGAAAUCAGUUGGAGAGGACAUGUCGAGGUCCCGUCACAGUCAUAGUCACAGCGAAGGGGAGUCAGAUGGCCAGUGCGGGGAUGAUGAUGACGAUUCUCCAAAAAAGAAACAUCGUCGAAACCGGACUACUUUCACAACAUACCAGCUGCACGAACUUGAGCGCGCGUUCGAGAAGUCCCACUACCCGGAUGUGUACAGCAGAGAAGAGUUAGCCAUCAAAAUAAAUCUUCCGGAGGUCAGAGUUCAGGUCUGGUUCCAAAACAGGAGAGCAAAAUGGCGUCGACAGGAGAAACUGGAGGGUGGGAAGCUGACGGAAACAUAUUCCGGUCCGCCAGUUACCAAACGCACUACCAACGUGUUGACCUCCACCUUGCCACUUGACCCCUGGUUGACCCCACCGAUUGCAAGCGCAUGCGCUCUCGGCAAUGGCGUCCCUCAGCCAAUAACAACUUCUACGCAAGGCCUGACGUCAUUAAGCCCAGUGUUUUCGCAGACGCCUACGUCAUAUCCCACGUUCUUCUCUCCAGCAUUCCAGUCCAAUGCCAUCACAUCCAAACUACAUACAUUUUCGGGGGUAUUUAACCCCUUGACAUCCAAGCUGGGUGACUCCGAUCCACGGAACUCAAGCAUCGUGGCACUAAGGAUGAAGGCGAGGGAACAUCUAGAGACAAUUGAGAAGAAAUAUACUGGGGGAAUGGUCUGAAGCGAUCCGUGUUUUCCGGUUUUAGUGUUUUUCUUCUGGAUCGUAUAUACACCUUAAUCCCUGUUUAUGGACAUUAUAUACCCGUGUCCCUUUUGAUGGACUUUGAUAUACACCUUGGGUACCACUGCUCACUGACAUCACACAUGGUCGUGUUCAUGGACAUUAUAGACGUGGUGUCCCUGAUCAUGGACCGAAUAUACACAUCAUCAUGAUCACUGACAUUGUCGUCUCGGACACACACCUCGUCCCUGUUAUUCUCAACGUCCCUGUUCAUGGACAUUUUACACAGUGUUCGUGUUCAAGGACAUUGUACACAUCGUCAAUUUAAGGACGUAUACACACCGCUGGUAAAUGAUAUGUAAGUCAUAUAUGAAGACAUUCCACACAAUGUCUUUGUUUUCAUUACAUAAAGCAUAUUUAUGGACAAUAUACGAAAAGCAUCUCUGUUCACAGACGUAUGAUAGGAUAAAGUUAGUUCAUGGACAUCAGAUAAGGUGUCCAUAAGAUAACAUGUCCACGUUAGAUAACAUGACUGUCCAUGCUGACAGAUGGUUGUCCAUGGUUUUCCGUCUCUUUUAGCAAUAUUCCAGCAAUAUCAUGGCGGGGGACACCAGAAAUGGGCUUCACACAUUGUACCCAUGUGGGGAAUCGAACCCGGGCCUUUGAGGUGACGAGCCAACGAUUAGACCACAAGGCUUCCCCACCGCCCACUCUAGGCUUGUACGGUGGUGUCAAGUGACGCGCCUGUUGCAUGAUGUACAUACAUAAUCUUAAUGCCCUUGGCAGUGGCACAUGUGGUUUGGACAAACAGUUAUUAUGUUUCUUUUCAAGUUCCCAAACUUUGCUUGAAUGUUUCCUGGAUUUAUGCAUUGUGGUGUAGUGCUGGAUGAUGUAUGCAAUAAAUAUAAAACUAAACCUG